AUGCCCCCGGACCUGUCCACCCUCUUUAAUCAAGGUUCAGUGAAGUAUGAAGUGCACAUUUAUCUUGUGUCAACACACGAAUUUGGCAAGAGGGCUCUGAAAGUGGAAGCCACUGGCGUAAUCGUGCCAGCGGCGAUGGAGGUGUGUGUCCUCAUGGAAGACUCCAGCCUUCCCAGUGGCUUCGAUCUGAACAAAGGUCUCACGCUUGCCUCUGUUACCUUUAUAUUACUCUUUCUGAUAGUGAUGAUUUUCCGGUGGUUGAAGUUUCUGAGGAAUCCAAACGAAGUUUUUGACUAAUAAGCUCCAUAACCACAGAUCCAUCUCUGAGCUAAAGGACCAUAAAACCUGCAGACUCUCACAAGA